AUGUCCAAUCGCCUCAAACCGCCAUGGAACACCCAGAGGCAGAGGCGAUACCUCAGAGACUAUUUUCAUCCACCAGGAUCUAACGUCCGUAUUCCCAUUCUAACCGCAAAGACGCAUCUUGGAGUCGCCACCAGCCGAGGCAAUCGCUUAGAGAACGAGGAUCGGAGUCAAGUUGGCAUUCUGGAGAUGCCACGAGGGAGGAGAAGGGGUGCAUGGCUAGGAGACAUAUUCUACUUCAGCGUGGUGGACGGACACGGUGGCCAUGGCUGCGCGGACUUCAUCCGAAAUACCCUCCACUCCUACAUCGAACGAGCCGACCCCUCUCAAAUAUCAGACCUCCUACAAAACUACCGUGAUCGAGGUGGGUACUUCCGUCGCUUCGAGCCCAAGUCCCUCGUGGAUCUUCAACGCCGCUUAGACGCAGCCAAUAAGCAAUCCUACGUCGAGUUAUCAUUGCAGCGAAUGCUGGCGCGUUUCGGACGCGGGAAUGGUGGGGUACAGAUGAGUAUGGAGGAGAGACUGGAGCUGGCUUUUUUGAAGGCGGAUCAGGUGUUCAUGAAUGGAGCUACCUUGCAAAACGCGGAAAGGAAGAGGGAUUUGAGUGGAGCUGUGGCGAGUUGCGCUCUCGUUACCUCGUCUGAUCCAGACCAACCCUUCUGGACGGCAAAUCAUGCAGAACUACACAUCGCUCAUGUCGGAGACACCCGCGUUCUCCUCUGCCAUGCAAACAGUGGUAAGGCACGAGCGGUCACAGUAAACCACCACCCCGAUAACCCCCUCGAAUCCGCCCGACUCCGCAAGUUCGCAUCAGGCUUCGUCACGGAUUCAUUCGGCGAAGAACGCUUCGGUGCAGUCGCGAAUACGCGUGCAUUCGGCGACGUGAGAUGGAAACGCAUGGGCGUGUCAGCCGAACCGUUCCUCCAGAAACUCGACCUAUACGCACCAUCACCUAAAGACUCAGACGUUGAACAUGGUCCGAACGAGGAUUCAGUCUACGCGUAUAUGGUACUCGUAUCAGACGGCGUUACCUCCGUCGCAUCCGACCAGGAAAUCAUCGAUAUCGUGAAGCAUCACACAACACCCUCGAAAGCCGCGGAGGCGAUCGUUAAGUUUGCGGAACAGUUGGGUACGGAUGAUAAUUCGACUUGUAUGGUGGUACGGCUACAAGGGUGGCCUGAAGGGGUGGGGAAGUUGGUCGAUGCUGGGGUCGAGGACUUUACGGGGGAGUUGAGAGGGUGGAGAGUUGAGGGACGGGAGGUUGGUGGGCGAAGGAGGCAGUGA